AUGGAUCUAAGCAAGCUUUAUGGGGUAGCUCGGGAAGCGAUUCCUUACUAUCAUCAUUGUCUAAGAGAAAUGGAUUGGGAUGAGUUCUAUGAAACUCACUCAUGGAAAGUUUGGAGUGAGUUCUGUUGGCACAUUAUUAGGAUGACAGCUCCAUCAUUUACGAAGUUAUGUCAUCUGCUAGUUACAGAAGGUGGACUUAGACCUACCAUUCGUGUAACUAUGGAGGAACAAGGGACCACAUCAGAUUUGAGAUUAAUGAAACAUGCAUUAACAAGACUUGAUGAUCCUCUAAUAAUUCUAGAAGUUAAGUAA